AGGAAAUAGUAGACCCGAAGCGAACAUAAACCCUAGCCAUAUUCAGUUUAUUAGGUUCUUCCUCCAUUGAUCCGACAAGGUAAGCCCUCGCUUAUCCUAAAACCCUUUCCAUUCAAAUCCAUCCUCAUUCGCACAACUCUAUAUGGAUGAUCUGGAGAAAGCGAUUCUUAUUAUGUUUGAUGAAUCGGGAGGUAUGGAUGAUGACUUGAAGAAACAGGCUAAAGUUUAUUGUAAUAACAUUAAGGAGAAGCCAUCAAUUUGUAGAUUGUGCAUUGAAAAAUUAUGCUUUUCAAAUAUUGUUCAAGUCCAGUUUUGGUGCCUACAGACUUUACACGAAGUCAUUCGAACACGAUACUUGACAAUGACCCCGGAUGAGAGGCACAUGAUCAGGGGCUCCGUGUUUUCUAUUGUGUGCCUCGAAGAUAAAAACCUGAUAAGGAUAUUGGAAGGUCCCGCAUUUAUAAAGAACAAGCUUGCACAGGUUUUGAUAACUUUGAUUUACUUCGAGUACCCUUUGAUUUGGUCGUCCGUCUUUGUUGAUUUUUUCCCGCAUUUGAGCAAAGGGAAUGUGGUCAUAGACAUGUUCUGUAGGGUUUUGAAUGCCCUGGAUGAUGAAUUAAUUAGUUUGGACUACCCUAGAACCCCUGAGGACUUGACAGUUGCUGGCCGGGUUAAAGAUGCAAUGAGACAGCAGUGUGUUUCCCAAAUAGUGAGAGCUUGGUAUGACAUUGUUUCUAUGUACCGGAAUUCUGAUCAAGAGCUAUGUAUUAGUGUGUUAGAUUCCAUGAGGAGGUAUAUUUCUUGGAUCGACAUCGGGUUGAUCGUCAAUGACGCUUUUAUCCCUUUGUUGUUUGAUUUGAUCUUGGUUGGUACUCUGUCUGAUCAGCUUCGUGGUGCUGCAGUCAGAUGCUUGUUGGCAGUUGUUUCUAAGAGAAUGGAGCCCCAAUCCAAAUUGACAUUGUUGCAAAGCCUGCAAAUUAGUCAAGUAUUUAGGUUGGUGACUGAGGAUGGUGAUCCUGAGCUGGUCUCUGACAUAGCUGCAUUGCUUACUGGGUAUGCUGUGGAGGCUUUGGAUUGCUUUAAACGCAUAAAUUCAGAGGAUGCUAAAGCAAUCUCUAUGGAGCUGUUGAAUGAAGUUUUACCCUCAAUUUUCUAUGUAAUGAAGAACUUUGAGGUAGAUGCUACAUUUAAUAUCGUUCAGUUUCUUUCAGGUUAUGUUGCCACUUUGAAGAGCUUUGCUCCUUUGAGGGAGAAACAUCUACUUCACCUGGGACAAAUAUUGGAAGUUAUCCUUGUGCUAAUCCGUUAUGACCCAGCAUACCGCACUAAUCUUGAUGUAAUGGACAAAGUUGGGAAAGAGGAGGAAGAUAGGAUGGUAGAAUUCAGAAAGGAUUUAUUUGUUCUGCUUCGUGCAGUGGGUCGUGUAGCACCUGAUGUAACUCAGUUGUUUAUCAGGAAUGCAUUAGCAAGUGCUGUUUCAAGAUCUUCAGAUAGCAAUGUGGAGGAGGUGGAAGGUGCACUUUCCCUCCUACACGCACUUGGAGAAUCUGUAAGUGAGGAAGCCAUAAGAACUGGGAGCGGGUUGUUGAGUGAGCUGGUGCUCACACUUCUAUCAACGAAGUUUUCAUGUCACUGCAAUAGGCUUGUUGCCCUUGUUUAUUUAGAGACAGUGACAAGAUAUGUCAAGUUUAUUCAAGAUAAUACUCAAUAUAUUCCUAUGGUUCUGACUGCCUUUCUUGAUGAAAGAGGCAUACAUCAUUCAAACAUCAAUGUAAGCCGUAGGGCCAGCUAUUUGUUUAUGAGGGUUGUAAAAUUGCUGAAGGUGAAGUUGGUGCCUUUUAUAGAGACAAUUUUGCAGAGCCUGCAAGAUACAGUUGCUCAAUUCACUAUUAUGAAUUAUACAACAGAAGAGCUAUCAGGGUCAGAAGAUGGUAGCCACAUUUUUGAGGCAAUUGGAUUAUUGAUUGGAACAGAAGAUGUCCCUCCUGAAAAGCAAUCUGAUUAUCUAUCUUCUUUGCUCAGUCCUCUUUGUCAGCAGGUUGAGGCAUUGCUCAUAAAUGCCAAGUUAUUGACUUAUGAGGAGACUAAUGCCAAGAUUACUGUAAUCCAGCAAAUUAUCAUGGCAAUUAAUUCUCUCAGUAAGGGCUUCAGUGAGCGUCUUGUAACUGCUAGUCGCCCUGCAAUUGGUCUCAUGUUUAAGCAGACAUUAGAUGUACUUCUUCAAGUUCUUGUUGUAUUUCCAAAAGUAGAACCGCUGCGAAACAAGGUCACAUCUUUUAUACAUCGCAUGGUGGAUACACUAGGAACAUCUGUCUUUCCUUACCUUCCCAAGGCAUUGGAGCGGUUGCUUGAAGAAAUUGAGCCAAAGCAGAUGACUGGCUUUCUUUUGUUACUCAAUCAACUUAUCUGCAAAUUCAAUACUUUGGUGCAUGACAUUUUGGAGGAAAUAUUUCCAGCUGUUGCUGAUCGGAUAUUCAGUGUUAUUCCAAGAGAUGGAUUACCCUUGGGUCCUGAUGCUGUCACUGAGGAAAUUCGUGAAUUGCAAGAACUUCAGCGAACAUUGUAUACAUUUCUUCAUGUGAUUACUGCACAUGAUCUGUCUCCUGUAUUUGUUUCCCCAAAAUGUAAAGUGUACCUGGAUCCAGUGAUGCAGUUGCUUUUGUACUCUUCUUGUAAUCAUAAGGAUAUUCUUGUAAGAAAGGCAUGUGUACAGAUUUUUACUAGAUUAAUUAAAGAUUGGUGUGCCCAGCCUUAUGAAGAAAAGGUUCCUGGUUUUCGAAGUUUUGUGAUGGAAGCAUUUGCUAUAAACUGCUGUCUGUACAGUGUACUGGACAGAUCUUUUGAGUUCCACGAUGCUAAUACUUUUGUUUUGUUUGGAGAAAUUGUGCUAGCACAGAAGAUCAUGUAUGACAAAUUUGGGGAUGAUUUUCUUGUUCAUUUUGUAUCAAAAGGACUUUCUUCAGCACAUUGCCCGCCAGAUCUGGCAGAGCAGUAUCGUCAAAAGUUGCAGGGUGGUGAUUUCAAAGCAUUAAAAUCUUUCUAUCAACUACUCGUAGAAAAUUUGAGACUACAGCAGAAUGGAAGCCUUGUUUUUAGAUAGCAUACAUAUAUUGGAAAACUUACCUAGUCCUCUUCCUAUGUGGCUUUAAUUUUUGACCUUCUCCUAGUUUGGGGUUUGAUUUCUAUCUACAAAAGUGAGGUCAUGCAAUGGUGGUGAAAUCUGCAGGGUUGUGUAUAUAGCUUUUGCGGAUGAGGAAUGGAUAUUCUCCUGGCCCUAAUUUUGAUGAGUUCCUUAUGCAACCUGACCAAUCAGUAAAUUAUCUCAGGUCUUUCCUUAUUCUUUUGUCCCACAGUUGUAAAUUUUUGGCAUUCCUUACAACAUUGAAGUUCCACCAUCGGUUCGAAGCUUGUCAAUAUGUGAUCAAAAUUUUGGUGUUUAAUUUCACAAGUCUUUCUUUAUCCGUGUAAAUAUCUUUUCCGUUUCCAAUAAGAUUUUUUGUCGAUACUAGUUCAGGUUAUUGAUUUGUCUUCGCAGUUGAAAUUAUGGUCUACAAUCUACUUUUUUAUGCUUUCUCGUACUUAAACUUUCGUUAAAAUGGAUAUU